CUAGAAGGAAUGAAAUGAAAACGAAACACAAGGAACAAAAUGCUGUUUGUGUGGAUUUUAUUGUUAUCGCCCGUACUUGCUGGGUUAGAAUGGCAGCUGGUCGCUAACGAAAGUAGUACGUCUCCUCCAAGACGAAGUGACCAUGCGAUGGGAUUUGUUUCGUUGGGCAAUUCAAGUUACCUGAUUUUGUUUGCAGGACGAUCGUAUUCGAAUCAACCCAUGCACGAUACGUGGAUAUUUGAAAUGCAAGAUAAUACUGCAGGAGUUUGGAGAAACGUCACCAAGAGCAUGCAUCCCCCCGCUAGAUUCAGUAUGGUGUACGGGUCGAGUGAUGGAUAUUUUUACAUUGCCACCGGCGAGGGAAUAAAUCAACAGUAUUUCAAUGACUUUUGGAAAUUUGACACAAGGACAAACGAAUGGACAGAACUGGGCAGGACAGCGAUGUUAAAUGUGACGAAUCUGUUCCAUCCCCAGUCUCGAUAUGGUGCUGCAGGUGGUAUAUUCCCGGGAGGAUCCAAAUUUUUCGUUCAUCAGGGAUUUUCUCACACCAGACACUUUGACACUCUUGUUUUUGACGUCAACACAAUGGAAUGGAAUAUUGUUGACUGUAAGGCAGGCCAGUGUAAUUCCUACACCCCUUAUUAUCCUCACGCCAGAUGUCUGCACGCAGGGACACUUCUAGAUCCAAACAAACUGGUCAUCUUUGGUGGUUGUUUAUCUGGAGGGGGAACGGGAGGCGAAUGUCCGUCAGGGGACACGUGGAUGUUUGAUUCCCAGACACUGUCGUGGACAGAAUAUCCCAGUUGUCCAGUACCAAGAAUUUAUGGGAGUAUGGCGAUGUUGCCUUCCCGGAGGGGUCAGAAUAGAGUGCUACUGUACGGAGGAAUAGAAGACACACCUCAAGUUAUACAGACAACCAAAUCCCCAGCUACUUUGGUGGGGUUGUUUGACCCGUCAACUCGAACGUGGUCUCUACAUAAGACAAACGCCAAGCAAUCCUUUCCUGUGUCAAGAGCAUCGGUCGCCAUGGUGACAGGACACGACGGAAUCUUUAUGUUUGGAGGAUAUGACGUCAAUAGGGGAUCUUUGCUGGGGGACCUGUGGUUUUUACGUGGUGACGCCUACACUGCUCAGAAUACAGCUACAGUCAGUUGUUCCGGAUCCUUCACUAACUUCAUUCUGGCUCAUGGCUGUCUUAUGGUGAUAGGGUGGGGGAUCUUUACCGUGUGGGGAGCAUUUAUUGCUAGAUAUGCCAAAUCAUCAGGGAAGACUUGGUUUUAUCUCCACAUUAUUUUACAAGUUACUGGUCAGCUGUGUAGCAUAGCCGGAUUCAUAAUGGCAGUACUCUCUGUCCAGUCUCAACACUUUGGGUUUGCCCAUGGAAUCAUUGGCCUGGUAGUAGUAAUACUUGGCAUUCUACAGCCAAUCAAUGCAGUUUUUCGCCCCCUACUUCCGAAACCGUAUUGUAGGAAAUCAUUCCGCCGCAUUCUCUGGGAAUUCAUACAUCAUUUUGGUGGAACGUCGGGCAUUUUACUGGCUCUUGCCAACAUAUCUCUGGGUGUGUUCGUGGCCAAUACUCGCUCAGUGGCAUGGGUUGUCUGGUUUGUUUACUUAGGUAUCGUAGUUGUUGUCAAUGUGGUAUCUCACUUCGCCCAGGAAUGUCUAGAAAAUAGGAGAAAGCCAAUGGAAUUUCUUGAACUCAUUCCUGGAUCAGAGAAAAGCAUUUAUAACUACAAACCAAAGAUGGCGGAGGGGAAUGUAUAAUGCAUGUAUUUAUCUUUAUUUACUUCUUUGUUGAUUUUUGUAAUAAAUAUAACAGUACAAAAAGAA